AUUUAUUUAACAGUGUAGGGAGUCAAUGAUAAGGCAAAUCGUGACUUUUGGCAUGUGUAGAAUGUUUAGAAUGUCAUAGCAGAAGUAAGAUGUCACUCCCACGAAAAUAGCUCAAAAAGAAUAAUCCAGAAGAAGAUGAAGUAGUGAAGCUUCUGUGUAUUUCAUAAAUCGCUUAAUAAGGUUCAAAAUGGAGGCUGGCAAUGAAGUGAAAUUGUAUGUGUAUGACUUGACGAAGGGCCUUGCAUCCACAAUGUCAAUGGCUCUGCUUGGCACACACCUGGAUGGCAUUUGGCAUACCAGUAUCGUCAUCUUUGGAAGGGAAUAUUUCUAUGGAGGUGGAGGAAUAGAAAGCUGUAAACCGCGUGGAACAAUCUUAGGACAACCAGAACAAGUUCAUGAUAUGGGUUCAACUCAAGUUGACUAUGGAUUGUGGCUAGAGUACCUUGGUGGAUUGGGAUCUGAUGAGUUUUGUGGGGAACGUUACAACCUGUUUGAGCACAACUGCAACACCUUCAGCAAUGAGGUGUGUCAAUUCCUCACAGGAAACAGCAUCCCAGCUUUUAUCCUGACCCUACCACAUGAAGUCAUGAAUACACCCAUUGGUGCAAUGAUGAAAGGUUUGAUUGAAUCUCUCUCUUCCAAUCCUACUGGUCGUCCAGUCGAAGGAGGAGGUAACUCCCAUCGUCCAGCCUACGAUCCAGUCCCUCUUCCAUCCUACAGCGAUACCCCAGCGCCACCAAAACCAUCUACAGAGAAUCCAUCUACAUCGACCACUACAAAACCAGAAGUAACCAAUCAGAACCCCACAGCCAAACCAGAAGCAUCAGCUAGCCAAUCAGAAUCAAAGCCAUCGGCAGCUGCAUCGACUGAAGAGGCAGGUGCUAGACCAACCCAGUCAUCUGCAGAUGCUGGUGCUCCUCAAGCUAAGGCAGACUAUGAUUCAGAUGAUGAGUUCAUUGAGAAGCUGAAGAUGUCAACACCGAUGGAACCGCUGAGGUUAAAGGUCUAUACUGAUAUCAAUGUCUUGGCGUGUGUGGAGACCAUUGAGAAGAAGAUGCCAGAAGGUUUACUAACGAGAGAAGAGAUGAAGUUAAUUCUUGAAUUGAAAGAUUGCGUCUGUUUGGAAUAUCUUAUGGAGGAACCACCAUCUCCAGUCAAAUCCGAAUGUUUUCUUGUUAUAGGGAAGUUGUUGAAUCUUGCCAUGGGAGGCAUCCCCCCUGAAGUCUUACACCCACUGGUUGAUUUACUACAAAUGGCAUUUCUCAGCCAGGAUGUCAUUCAUACGUUGAGUAGUAAUGAUGACCAUACCAUCAUGAAGUUUGUUAGCAGCAGUGACUGUCAGCCAAUCCAGAUACAGUUAUCCGUCUUCAGAAUGUUAUGUAAUAUUUGCUCCAGCUACCAAGGUAAGCUGUGGUUGACACAAGUUAGACAUUGGACAACAGACGACGGCGGCCAGCAAAGCAAUUUGGAAAGUAUCAAUCGGUUGGUGGUGUAUGGCAUCUUGAGUGGUUCAGAUGAGUUGUGUUGUGCCGCUUCUGCUCUUGUCUACAACUUAACACGUUAUCAGGUGUCUGAUGAUAGUGCUGUUGAAUUCUCAAGUGCCUUACUUCAGUCUUUGACGUCAGAAACCAUCUCAGAAGAAACAGCUUAUUACAAUCUCCUGGCACUCUAUGGUCUGAUGAAAUGCGGUGAAGUCAUGUGUUUAGCAACAGUGAUGGGUCUGGAUACCAUACGAUACGCCAAAGUGUCUGAACGACUGAAUAAACUGUGUUCAGAUAUAGACAGCGUCAUUGGAUAGAAAUUACUUUUAAUUUGUUUGGUUUUUAGGCUAGAGUUAAUAUGUUAAACAUAUUAUUAAAUUUUAAAGAAAUAAUGAGUGAUGGAAAUAACUAUUCUUAUACCCAAACUCCCACCAGUGACUUUUUGACAGUUUGAAUAAUUGCAGAAUUUUCUCUUCAAUUAAGUUUGAAUAAUUGCAGAAUUUUCUAUUCAAUUAAGUGCUUGACAAAAAAGGGAAGCAAAACAUUUGUAUGGCCGAACCUAAUACUAUUGCAAAGCUACAAAUAUAUGGACAUGGUUUGAUUGAAAUUGACAAAAUUUCUUUUAACAAUUGGCCCCAAAAAUUCAAAAUGUUUAUGUCAUAUAAAAUAUUUAUGAAUUCAAUUAAUUGUCCUGUGUCAUCACAUUAACAAACAAGUUUCAAAUUAUGGUUAAUAAUCUAAUUUGCCAUUUAUUUCCAUUUUUCAAGCGAUGUUUGUUUUUCAUUUUUGAAUCUUCUUCAUCGUUUUCAGCCUUAUUAAAUAAUUUGAGUUGGCUCCGGCUAUGACUGUUUGGCUACAGAAUCAGCAUUGAACAAUAACUAUAGCUAGCCAUAGCCACUGACAAAGCCAUUAGUGCAAUUUCAAUUUUAUGGAGGCAAGAGUUCUGUUAACUUUGAACUUUAUAUUUAUAUUUAUUUUAAAUUUAUAUGGUUAUUCUUUUGUCUUUUUUUUGUGGGUUAUAUUUUCAUUUUGAAUGAAUAAUUAACUUAAUUUUAUCAAUUUUGUUUCUUAAAAACAUCAUGGGGAAAAUGUGUUUUAUGAUAAUUCAAGUGAAGGAAUUUGUAAAUACACUUAAUUUGUAGAACUUGCAACAAAAAUAUAGAUUUGAUAAAACAAUGGUUUUAUAAACUGGGCGAGAAUGUUUUUGGAAU